UAGUUUAGUCCAAUAUGGAAGUGAAACGUAUGAUAACAUAAGCUGGACUAAACAAUUAGAAAAUAAAUUAGUUUCAAUUGAUUUUACACUUAUUUUGCACACAAUGUCGACGCCGGGUCGCGGUCGCGGGUACCCGGGGCGCCACCACGCGCGCGAGCCGCGCCCCGGGGACGCGCCCGAAGCCGAGCCCGCCCGGGGACUACCGCAGCUCAGCCCUAAACCUAUAGCGGCAACUGUUUCAGAUCCCGAAGACGAGAGGAGUAUGGACGAUGAAGCGGCAAUGAAUGAAUUACUUGCUAUGGAUGAGCAGUAUGCACCGCUUUUGGCUUUGUUGGAACAAUUCUCACCGGGCGAAGACGGUAUCCAGUUCAACAGGAAACUUCGCAACUUCGAAGCAACGGUCACGAAGAUGUGUCCAGAUGAGAAUUCAUUGCAACAGGCCUUCGCCACGUUCCGAGCGGCCGCGCUCAGGAACUCUUCCACGGCCAGGAAGCUGGCUUCGGUGGGCGCUUCGUUCACGCGCCAGCAGCGGCAGCAGCUGCUGAGGGGAGCCCUACUCAACGUUGUGAUGCAGGGGACCUUCUCCAAACUGGACAUUCUGGAGAGGGCGAAUCCACAAUUUCUGAUUAAUGCCGCUAAUCUUAUGGGAGACUAUUUUGCAGAGGCACGUCUCUGCAAUGGAAACAAAGUACACAUAUUGGCCAGUCCGCUGUUACAGUACCUCCGGGCGCUAUUGGCCUCGGACCACAUCAGGGCUCAUCGCAGUCUGGCCACACAGUUAAUGCAGAACGGCCGCGAACUGCUCUCUCAGCACACCGCUCAGGAGCUGGACGACUUGUCCAUCUCCAUCCGUCUCCGGCUGCUCAGCCCACCUUCCAUGUCCAUGAUAUGGUUGCUACUCUCCGCUGACCUCUGCCUGAACAAGUUCCUGCCGUUGCCCAAUACGUUGCAGCAGUUCUACGCUUCCCACCUGGAGCUGACUUCGGAUGAGGGUUACAGCGAAGUCAGCUAUGGCUCGUGGAGGAGGGGGGACGAUGGGGGGGCGGAGAGGGUGAACCAGAGCUUGGCUCAGGUCAGCCUGGACGAAGCUGAUGCCAAGCCGAAGCUGAGGCCGAUACUCGGCGCUGGUGCUGGUCUACUAAGACAAGAACAAGCACAGUCAGUCACUCAGGACAGUUUCGAGACGUGGACUCCUAAGAACAGUCUCUCUAAACGUUACGACCUGAACUCGUGGCGGCAAAACGACGAGGAGUGCAGUUCGAUUCCCGGCGCCGCUUUUCCCUUAGUGCCCGACUACCCGCCGCCCGACAGCUUCCAACCGCACGGCGACGGAGCGCACAUUCAGCCCGUGCAAGUCGACCACGGGACACACGACGCUCAAGGCGACUUCAUCCAGUUCACGGAGCGGCCGCCCCCCACUUUGGAGCGCGUCAACAACGAGAUUCAAAAAUCCGGGCGGCGACCCGCCGACAGCUGGAGGAGGGAGGGGGGGGACGUCAGGGAGGACGCUAACAGGAACAAGCCACGCUGGAACAGACCGAGGUCUAGGGGUGACGAUGAUGAUGAGACUGAGAAGGUUAUAGAGCAGAUUUCUUUGUCCAGGUAAGAGAUAUAAUAC